AUGAACGACGGGUCAUUCGGACAGAACACCACCAGAGUUUCACGCAGGGUCUUUUAAAUUUCUACUCAUGUGACAAUCCCUCGAGCAUCAGGUUGCAUACCUUUCUGUCAUCUUUCUUAACUUCCAGCAUCUGAAGCACACCAAGCCGUCUCUCUCAUAGAUGUAAAGAAGAUGGAGGGAUUCUCAUUCGAAAGCACGCGCAAUGACUUAAGUUUCUCCUCUUGCACACGAAUCUGACUCUGGCUCAACGGUAGGAAGUGAUCUUUGAGCACUCGGAACGCCUUGCUGGGGGAACCAGCGUGCCUAGCCAUAGUUUUCAGACUUUCCUUCUUCAAGCAAUCAAACAGAAACCACCAUCCCAUUUCAGCCUGACGCAGCACACCCACACUGAAUCCUUUCUCUACCCAGGGGGUCAAGUCGAAACCAAUGUCAGCAAUUGGAAUCUCAGUCUCAGAAACAAACGCUUCAAACAGAUUGUUGUGCCGGGCAGUCAGCAGAAAAUUCUGUGACCACGAGGGAUAGGAGACGUCGGUCCCAUCGAAAACAGGAGCCUUGGGGACUUUAAAAGGACCCCUACCCAAUUUCUCUCCUGAAUCUGUAAUGCCGGCCCCAGGAAUCAAUGUGUUUCCACUGGCGACACUUUCCCACCACUUACUCGACGGAGUAGACAAGUUUCCCGGCUUUCAGUCGAUCGCCGCGCGCACAAACUUGCUCGCAUUGUGUAAACGUGCGGGUUGCCUGCUGGAGCUGUACCAGAAGCAGGAGUGGGCGCGAAGCAGGGAACGCGUAGCGCGGAAGGCUAAGCAGAUGCCGCGCCACAGCCGUAUGUGGAGCGCCGCUCCUGAACCUGUCACGCAUGACAAAUGCCGGCGGCUUGAUCGGUACUGUACUUUGCCGGAGGCGGUGGAGGUCCUGCAGAAUGCCGUUGCAAUAGCGGGUUGUGUCUUGGACAUGUGCGGCGGACCUGAGGACGCGGUGGCACAGGGGUUUCGGAGCACGUGUGAAGUUCUCACGAACGACGUGAGCUCGAGGCUAUCGGCAGGUACCAACCUCGACGCGAGCUUGCUUAACGUGGACCACAAUGAUCAUGAUCACACAUCCAUCCUCCAUCAAUCGAAAAACACAUGCAUCCGCCAAACAUUGCACAAAUCCUAA